AUGCAAUUGCUCUAUCGCCGAGCCGACAACGAAAGCAACUAUGUAAUUCUCUCGAUCAAGCAGGAUCUCCGCGUAGAUCGCCGGAUUCUUUAUCGUGCGUAUGACUCUUCUGCGUUUUCUUAUAUUCUUUUUAGAUUGUUCUCUCUCCGCGUCCGCUGCGAGAGGCCAUGCGCGAAAGAAUGGCUCCGCAAUUAUUUGGUUCAAGUAGGAUCUUCGAGUCUGAGUCGACGAUCAUCGGGCCCUUGUAGCCGAACCAGAGUAUGGGGCCGUGGUUCCUCCCUAUGUCUUCGAUCACGGAUUCUUUUUCCCUUCGACAACUUUAUGCCUCCAUUAAUUGCAAAGUGGCAGCAACUCUCAAAUUCAGAGAAGAACCUCUUUCCAUAUUUGCAACUUUACAUCCACAGAACAGUUUUAGAAGCUGGACAUCUCUACAUUCAGAGCAGUUGUCCCCACCUCAUCCCCAAAUGUCUACAAGGCACUGGUUCUAAAUAUCAACCAGACCUAACAAUUGGCAAAGGUUUAACAAAGUCUGGCAUUGCCACAUGGAAUGCACCUGUGUCCUGUAAAAGAGAGAGUGUUAUGUUUUCAGUAUCUUGGAAAAAUGGAAAAAAAAGAAGAAGAAGAAACGUUGAUUCUAUUUCUUCUGGGGCUCAGUAUGAUAAAGGCACUCUUGAUUUGCUCUCUGGACUAGCCGAGGCAUCAGGAUAGAGAGGUUGGUAGUUCCGUAAUUAUGAACAAGGUUGGUACUUGCCUAACUGAACAUUAUUUGAUCGUGGAAAAAAUAUGAGAUCAGGCAUAUUAGCUGUCAAAAUUUGUCUGAGUUUAUAAAGCUAAAGCAUGAUAUGUGAGACCAUACCACUUGUUUACUUAAACCUUAAAGUAAUGUCAUAGAUUAACAAGGAACUUUUGGCACGGUGUUAGUUUACUCCUUAAGCUGAACUUGAUGCAGUGACAUGAUAGCUUGGAGUAAGGAACUCCCCUAAAGCCAAUCUCAUUCAUGCCCUCGGCUUUCUGUAAGUAAAAGGGUAAACCCUCUUGCACCAGUGAUAUAAAAAAAAUCUGUUUGAAGACUUUGGUUGUUUAAGGCUAAUAUUUUAUGAUCUAGAAACCUAAUCGAAAGAGAAUUCAUCUUUUGUUUACAUAUUUUGAGAAGAUAUACCAAUUUAUACGCCCUUGGUCA